GGACUAAUUGUUACCUUGAGAUGAUGUGUUUUUCAAUCUGGUGAAAUUUAUUUAACUUGAUACUGUAUCGGCCCACAAACUGCUUCGAACACACCCUUAACACGCAAGCUAAAUUCAAGCCACCUACCAAAAACCGAUCGUCAAAACCGAUAGCGACAGGUCUCUUUUGUUCAAACUAGUGGAAAUUCCUGCUUAUCAGAUGAUUGAGACAUCAAAUAUCACACACAAAACAGUUACAGAAUUUGGUUGCGUCCAGAAUGACAGUAAAAUUGACCGGUACAUAAACGAUCAUUCUUUACGUUUAUCAGACGCUCAAAAAUGGCUUUUAAAGAAAACAAAAGAUGAUCCUAAAGCAUAUUACUUGAUAUCAAGUCUUGAAAUGCAACUUUUAUCUAAUAUGUGCUAUGCAAUAAAUGCCAGAAAGACAAUUGAUAUUGGAGUUUAUACUGGAUAUAGUACAUUGUCUAUCGCUGAAGUAUUACCUUCAGAUGGUUGUGUGUUAGCCUUGGAGAUAACAGAUGCUUAUCUAAAAGAUUAUUGUAUACCGGCUUGGAAAAUGGCAAAUGUUGAGUCAAAAAUCGACUUUCGACUUGGUACAGCAACUCAAACACUACAAAAUUUGAUUGAUAAUGGACAAAGUGAAACAUUCGAUUUUGCUCUUAUUGAUGCUGAUAAACAAAAUUACAGUAAUUAUUAUGAAUUAUGCCUUAAACUGAUCCGACCUCGUGGUAUAAUCGCAAUUGAUAAUGUCAUUUGGUCGGGACUUGUGGUCGAUGAGACUGAUCAAACCUCCGAAACUGUUGGUAUAAGGGAAGUGAACGACUUGAUAGCUGGAGAUAAUCGUGUACGAAUCUCUUUGCUAAAUCUUGGAGAUGGGUUAACAAUCGUUGUGAAAAAAUGAUCUUUGGGAUACAUAUUCUACAAACAUACACAUGUAUUUGUAACUAAAUGCAUAUUGAUACAUAAACGUGGAUAUCGAUUUAAGUUGGCAUUCAUAUUUUUUUUUGGUAUAAUCAACAUUACGUAACCAUAUUUUUAUUUGUCGAAAUGUUAUUUCAUUUUCCAAUAUUAAUGAUAUUGUGAUAAA